GGCAUAGCAACAUGGCGCUGACUGCUAAUGCAAAACUGUACAUGCGUGAAUGAGGUAUUAAGGGUGAUAUUCAAGGGUUCUUGUGUUAAUUUUUACUAAUUGAAACAUCGAGGAGAUUCUUAAGCCAUACGCAGUCAUGAGCUGGCUUCUGCACUCUACUCUGCAGAGGCUUUCUGCUGUAAGCCCUAUGAAGACGGCCGUACGAUUCUGGGAAAGGAGGAAAUUCAUAAGACGAUAUGGAUAUGAGGAUCCAAUAAUGAAACCAGGCCUGUUUCCACGCAAUCCCAAUAGCAAGAGGCCGAUUCAGGCGCUGCCGACUUACGUUGCAAAAGAUGCGUGGUGUGAGCGACGUGCACUGUUUGGGCAAAAUGAUUACAUUGACAUUCUCGGGGAUGGCAAAAUCAAGCCAUUGGAUAUCAUGACGGGUGUCCCUCUGUGGCUUCGUGGUUUCCAGGGCAACGAAUUUCAAAUGCUGUUGCACAAGCGUCGUGUCUUUCACAGCUGGAAGUUCAGUCGACCAACAAAGCACCGUGACCUUUGCAAACGUAUCAGAUUCUUGUACAAGGUGUUGAACCAUAGGACAAAGACAUGAUACUGUAGGAUGUUUGUGAGUGAAGUAGAAAAUAAGAAGCUUCUGCAGGGUACUGCAUCGCUUA